AGACAGACGUCAAAAUGUAUUUUAGUUGAUUUUGUAGUCAAACUUCUCAUGUGAUUGUAAAUAGUACUAGUGAAUCACUAAGGAAAUAUUUUUAAUGUAUUCUUUUCGCGAUAUCUAUUAUAAAAAAAAUAAUUAAAAUUAGUCAACUCUCCUAUAACUUAGUGUUUGUAACUAGUUCAGAACUAACUGUCCACCAUCUAGACGAAAAUUGUACGCGCGUCCGUUAGAAGUGCACACUUUUCUGAGUCUCAAAGCUCGUGCUUGGCUGCCUCCCAAAAAGAGUCGUAGCGAGGUUCGUAGCUUGCCGACAACAACGUUGACAUCUCCCCAAGGCGCUCGGUUGUAGAGGCUCUAACAGUUAACGGCCUGGCCUCUUGGAGUUCUCUCGUGAUCGUACCUUAGCCGCCGCAGCUCCGAAAGAGCCAUUUUAAUGCAGAAGAAGGAAAAGAAGAAGAAGAAAUAGAGGAAAGAUCAAGAGAGACUUUGCGAGCGAUCGAGCGAACGAGGAGUGUGCUCUGGUAGUGUGUGAAUAUUUGGUGUGUGAUAUAAAACCAUACCGUUUCUUUGAUGCUAUUUCAACAUCGUAACCACUGAGACCUCUCAGUUAUGUUUAUUCUCUGGUCGAGUGCUGAGGUGCGAGUUCCGAGAGUGGCAGUUCCGGCGGAUCGUAGUUUGCGGAUCUGUGAGCCUGUUCAUGAGACUGCACUGGAGUGGUAAUCAAAGCAAUUGGCAGCCGCAAGUAAUAAAAUAAUUCAAGAGGAUCUACCGCUAGGAAAUUCAAUGGUUAGCGGUUUAACUAGAGUGAUUGUGCGAUAAUUUAAUAAAAAUCUUAAUCACAAGGAUCGAAGAACAAGAAGAAACAAAAGUGGGAUGCCGCUUCGUCGGAAGGCCGUACUUUCUGGAAAUAGCUGACUCGUGGAUUAAAACCAGAAACUCGGAUUAGAUUUGUGCGUGUUGAAAAAUAUUUGUGGAAAACAAAGAGCAUUUGGUGUGUCUGAUCAGCGAGGAAGAAAUAACACAACAAUGAAUGUGCUUAGUUCGCUGAUCCUAUCAACGGUGGAGGUCGCUAAUCUUCUUCCGCUGGUAGCGGUGGUCAUCUGCGUUGGUGCCAUGAUAAUGUUUCUAGCCAAGGCUGCUGUUAUACUGCGAGUUCAAGCUGACGACACUUUGCGACCUUCAACGAUACCCACGAACCCUAAUGUGCAAGUGCCCAGGCUGAAAAUGACGCGCGUUCACAUACCGUUCACCUUUCGCCUGUUGGAGACAGGAAACAACUCUUUUGAAGAGGUUCGGUUAGCUGUUUCCAGCCAGGUUAAGUACCAGAUGGCCGCAUUUUGGGCCGUUUCGAUACGUGAACUUCAUAUGUCCUUGUGGCGAACCUGGAGUGAACUGCGGGAACAAACACGACUUUCGGUGAUAGUGGACUCGGCGCACUGCCAACAGCUCGCUACAAAUGUGAGAUGUCAACAACCUCACAGCGAAACGGUGGUAGCAUUAAAGUCGCCAAAGCCACCCCUUCUGCUAGGUGCCCCACCGCGACUUGCCUAUCCGCUGGUGGUGUUUAUGAUUCGCGAAACUGAAACCGACGAGUUAUUGCACCCAGAUGAAACGGUUAUUCUUGUGAAUGUAGUGCAUCUCAGAGAUCCGGUCUGCCCACUGCCAACGUCCAUACUGGCGCAGUAUCUAAAGCAAGCGAGCGGACAAUUAUCAUGUUUGAAGCAACUGUACCUAGCCACCGGAGAUCCGUCGUCGUCCGAUGAUGGUGGUUCCGCGCAGAUCUCCGGAUCGCUGUCCCUGGCGGAGCCCGUUGCUUGUGCGGACAGCACUGGGCCACUUUUGUGCACGGACUCGGUGCUUCAGGACUGUCCCGGCAUCGAGCAGCUGUGCGUCGUUUGCCACUACUUUCCUCUUUCGCGGGCGCUGUUACCCUGCCGACACACCUGCAUCUGCGCGGUUUGCUUCGGCAAACUGGACCGCUGUCCGAUGUGCCGCGCCGCAAUCACCAGCUAUUUCUGCAUACGAUCGGAGGAGUACGUACCACCGAAUGCGAUCGAGUCCAAGGUAAAUAGCAAGUCCAAAGUGACCGUUCACUGGCUGGACGCACUCAACGAUAGACUAACAGACUUUUUAGGGUUCAGAUAACGAGCGUCCCACCUGACUUAAGCGAUGUGUUUUAAUGUGUUAAUAAAUUGUGGAUUUAUGUGUAACGAAAGCUUACGAACUAAACUAAAAUCAUCUUGGAAUAGAAUUAACAGCGUUGACGUGAUUUCGACAUCUUGCACGUGGGAAACGCUUUUAAAUCAAAAAAAUAAACAAUAUUCUAUUUGAUUGUGUAUGAACAUCGCCGGCGAUCGGAGUCACAAAAUCUAGAUACGAUAAGGGAAGUUCUAUUGUUUUACCGUUUAAACUUGUGCGGCUUGUUCCUUUUAUUUUAAGAUUGCUUGAUUCGUUUCUAUGACUAUGCUCUAAUUAUCUGCCCUUAUAACACUCAAAGCAAGUCCGUCUCACAAACAUAAUGUUGUCGACUUUUUUUUUGGUCAGCCAAAUCUUCAUCGAAAUUGUAUGGCUUCUGAUUACUUUUAGUGGUAAAUAAGAUUUAUCCCAAAUAACCCAUGACUGCAGAAUCGCAGAGUUGGGCUUUUCAGUGAAAUAUUUCAGGUGGAGUAUCGUUUUACGCAAUUCACAGCGAUUUCAAUCAAUGUUUUUUUUAAUUCGUUCCACCUUGGGAUUCCUUACAUCCCUAUACAGAUUUUUAAGCGAUGAUGGUGUUACGAAUGGUGCACCCCCGAAAUAUCAAUCACGCAGUGGUACCAACAUGACAAAAAAAUGUGACAAACCAAACGUUUGGUAGUAAGUGUAAGCGCUGUGUAAAAAGGGUGUCAAACUUAAAAGUGACACCGUUCGUUUGACAACAAUUGGUGUCAAACGAUCGGGGUUUUAGUGUAUUAUUGUUCAUAACAAUAAAGUUAAUUUUUCAGAGUAGAUUGACCCUUUGUAGACCACAAACGAUUUAAAAAUUAAUUUUAAUUCAAAUUAAAAAAAAAAUAACUUUGCGGCUCUUUUUGACAGAAAGCAUCCUUCUUGGCAGCUCAUACCAAAGGGACCGUAGUUGAUCCAUCGGAAAAUUUUGACUUGCAAAUAAAUUUUGUGUGUAUUAAAAUUUUCAUUUAACGGUGCACAUCAACCAGAACUUGUGCACCCAGAUUUUUGUUGCAGACAUUUUAGUAUCUUCAAAACUCAAAACUAGAGCUAUCGAUAUAUUUUUUUAUUCAUCACCUAAGCUACUGUUUCCAUAAACAUUUACAACAAAAUUCGUCAAUUUGUAUAUUCACAUUAUUUCAGGAUUGGGUCCGUAUGUUCAACAAUUUUGGAAUAAGAGGAUAACAACUUCCUUGCUCGUUGUGUACCCUUAAUUGAAUUAAAUUUCAUUUAAUUUAAUGAAACAAGUGAUCAAGUGAAAUGGUUUUCUAUCUAUUUUUUAACGGUGUACAUAAAAAUUAACAUAGGACCUUCUUUAUACAUUUCAGAAGCUGAACCUCCUUAAAGUCAAUAAAGUUGAUGCCCAGAUUAAUCAUACGAUCCGUUGUUUACAGUUUAACAGCAAUACACUGAAACCCCGAUGGUUUGACACAAAUUGCACGGGGUCACUGUUAAGUUUGACACCCUCUUUACACGGAGCUCACACACACUAGGGAGCUUUCCUUUAUUAAGUAACACAAAAAAGUGAGCUUUUUGACCCCCUCCUCAUUCAAAUUUUAUAAAUUUUGUAUGAGGCGUAACACAGCCCUCGACCUCCACUAUCGCCCCAACUGCGUUACGUAAUAAAAGAACACUCCCCUACCAAACGCUUAAACAAAAUUUGUUUAAUAUUUGUUUAAAAUUUAUUUAAUAUUUUUCUAUACUAAAUUUGCAUGCAAUUUCAAUUUUGGCAAUUUCGAAAUAUCUGGACAAAAAUACAUUAUUAAAAAGCGAAGCUACGAAAUGAAUGAUUCUGCAGGCAUGGUAGAGUUUAUUUUCAUAAACCUGUAUAAUUAAUCUAUAGCAACCGGCUUUAAUUCUUCGAUUUAUAGUUCAAUCUGAAUCUAUACAUAUUUUAGUCCCGCUUCAAUAAAUAAUAACACAAAAUAGCCAACUCAAGAUAAAAGCAAUCCUUCUCCCGUGUAUUUUAUUAACCAUGUAAAACAUUAGAACCAUAUAUGUGAUUAAAAAUUCCAAAAUCAAAAGCACGAUUUACCCAGAUAGGGUGAUUCUUCUUAGUAUUGUAAAAAUAAAGAAUUUCAAACGUUCAACGCUCAGAGGUUGAUCGGCAUAGUAAUAACCUUCUGAAGUAAUAGCAAAAUUUAGCCUAGAUAAUUUAUUGUAUGUAGAAGAACCCGAUAAACAAUAUUGCCUAGGUAUUUUUAAGGUAGCGAAACAUAAUAAUAAAAAAAAAUAAUUGUC